AUGAGGGCAAGUGCUCCUCAUUUUGUAGAUGGAAGGUGGCAACCCUGCAUCAGUCGUUAUAUUGCAAAUACGCGAUCGAAUUCAAUAGAGGGAGCAGUACUCCAAAAAUCUGUCGGGAGUUUACUGCUUAUCUCUAAAUUACAGUCAAGAGUUAAAAAAAAUCUCGCGAGAAGUGUCAAUUUAGUUCACCAACAUGGCGGUUGGAAGUUAGUUCCAGAGGGUAAGGUGAGUUUAAUCGCCUUCACUUUAGGACUCUCAGUAAUUUUACUGCCAUCAGUGGCUCGUAUGGUUUCUUCAACCGAGUCGCUCCUGACGGGGACGCGGGGUCGAAUAGUGCUGGUUGUGCAUAUUGCAGGAUUGAAUGGUCUGCUGUUGCUCCUUUUCAGGGCGCAUCUGUACCAGGUUGCCAUCAGAGCUUGUUUCUUGGGCUUUGUGUUCGGCAGUAGUGUGUUGGUGAGCUGUGGACAUGCCUCAUGGAGGCCGUUUGGCUGGUAUCUAUGUUCCUUGACAUUCUUUCACUAUUCUGAGUACCUGAUUACAGCUAUUUACAAUCCACAGUCUUUAUCCCUGGACUCCUUUUUGCUGAACCACAGCUUUGAGUACACAGUAGCAGCUAUCUCAUCAUGGGUAGAAUUCACAGUGGAAAAGUUCAUGUUUCCUGAAGUUAAACAGAUGACUUUAGUCAGUGUUAUUGGACUGGUGAUGGUGAUUAUAGGAGAGGGCCUUAGGAAGGCUGCCAUGGUAACUGCCGGUUCAAAUUUCAACCACAUUGUACAGAAUGAAAAAUCAGAAAGCCAUGUCCUAGUUAAAAAUGGUGUAUACGCUUGGUUUCGACACCCUUCCUAUGUAGGCUGGUUUUACUGGAGUAUUGGUACACAGGUGAUGCUGUGUAACCCCCUCUGCAUGAUUGGCUACACCCUAGCUUCGUGGAGAUUUUUCAGGGAGAGAAUUGAAGAGGAAGAAAUUACAUUGAUUAAGUUUUUUGGAGAAGAAUACUUGGAAUAUAAGAAGUGUGUGCCAACUGGCCUGCCAUUUAUUCAUGGUCUCAAAGUGGAGUUGUAAUCUUAAGUGGAACUGUGGUAUGCAAAAAAAAAAAAGCAAAACAAAGAAGAAAACUCUUAGGCCAUGCACAGUGUCAGUGGUCAGGCAGGAUAGACUGAUACAAAUGAAGUUUCUGGGGAGGAGAGUAAUAGUACCGUGAGGAACAUCAUUGACCGCCCUUGUAUUUUACUUCUUGGGGUCUGUUAACUGGCACAGCUUGCAGAUGAGAUUGUGUUUGUAGGGUUGCAGGACUAAAUAACUGCAGAAUGAUUUGUGUUAAAGUGAUAAUCUGCAGAAAAGGUAGGUAUAUUUCUAGCAUUCAUGAGCUCAUCAAAUAGAGACAAGCAGUGUACAUUUUCAAAGUUGAUUUGCAGUUGGUCAGUCAUUUUUAGUUACUUAAAAUCCUGUUUAAAGGAUUUGUUCAUUAUACCUGAUUUUUUUUCAAGCCCUUAAGAAAAGUAUUAAGUUUUUUAGUACGCAGAUUACGUUUUUCUGUUUGGGAAAUGCCAGUGGGAUUAUAGGUUUCAGACCUCCAACAGUACCUUAAGCCAUGUUUACAGUAUUUUAGGAGCCCAAAAAUGGCAAAAUAGAUAUGGUAUCUGCCUUGGUUUAAACUUAUACCGGAGCUAUUUUAAUUUUUUCUGGGAUUAGGAUUUACUGCAGUACAGAAAAUGCACAAACCAUAACUCUGCAAGGAAAUGUUUAUUCCGCUUGCCCUUUGUAGUGCUUACAGUAAACUAUCUUAAAUUGG